UUUCAAUUCCGUGUCAACCAACUUCCUUUAUGUGAACCCAUAUAUAAUUAUAUACACACAGGUAGUUUCACAGAACUCUUUUUAUAGUCAGCUUGAAGAUGAUUUCAAAUAUCUGCUAUGCUGUAGGCUGCUAAACAGACAGCAUACUACACAAAGAACAACAAGUAUCUAGUUACAGCAACUCAAAUGAUAGGAAAUGUAUGAGUUGGUCCUCAUUGAUCAAUCACAAAGAGCACAGGAGAUCUGAGCCGCUCAAAGUCUCUAUCAUUCUCUGCUUACUGUGAAAAACUGCUAUACAUUAUGAAUGAUAGUAAUGAUGCUGAACCUUUUAUCUAUGACAAUGAUUAUGGUGAUGAGGUGUGCCGUAAAGAAGAUAUACUGAAGGUCGUAUCCUAUCUCGUACCAAUUUUCUUCAUGUUAGUGGUUGUACUAAGUUGCAUCGGUAACAUCCUGGUUCUUAUCAUCCUGCUGCUUUACGAGAACAUGAAAUCCCUCACCAACAUCUUCAUCCUCAAUCUCGCUCUGUCAGAUCUGCUCUUCACUUUUGGACUCCCAUUUUGGGCCUCUUACUACAUGUGGGGUUGGACAUUUGGAGAUAUUGGCUGCAAAGCGGUGAAGUUUUUGUUUUACGCUGGAUUUUAUAGCAGUGUGCUUUUUUUAACUCUUAUGACCGUUCAGCGUUACAUGGCUGUUGUUCAUCCUCUCUCUGAUUGGGAGAGAUGCAGAGGGUUUUCAGUCGCACCCUUCAUCAUAUGGAUCCUGAGUGCUGGAGCUGCUCUGCUUGGGUCAUAUCGUAGCAAAGUUAUAGAAGAAGAAAACAACAUAUACUGUGAAUAUGACAGUAUUUCAAUGAAACUUCUAAUUGGUUAUCUUCAAAAUGGUUUUUUUGUCUGUGCAUUUAUAAUCAUGGGUUUUUGCUAUGCAAGAAUGCUUCAAACUAUAACAAAGACGCGCACAAAUAAGAGACACAAGACCAUUCGACUAAUACUUUGCAUUUCGUUAGUGUUUUUUAUUGGUUGGGCUCCAUAUAACAUUGUUAUGUUCGUGAGAUCUUUCAGUGAUCUUAAUCUAAUCACAGACUGUCCGAUAAGCAAAAAUAUUGACUAUGCAUUUUAUGUUUCCAGACUUUUAGCUUUCUCACACUGUUGCCUGAAUCCUGUGUUUUACGUGUUUGUUGGUGUAAAGUUCAGGAAUUAUUUAAAAGUGAUUCUGCAGAAAGUUUUCCAGCCAAAAAAAAACUUGGAUUCAAGUUCAGGCAGAACAACAAAGAAUCAUUCAAUGGGUUCAAUGUAUUAACACAAAACUCAAGCACUGUUACACAUUGCGAUGAAUCUUCUGUGAGUUGUAAAAUAGACAACACUAAUGAACAUUCUGAGUAAACAUCAGAUAUUUUCUUACCGUGUUAUUGUUGCAUUUUAUAUUAUUGUAAUUUUGAGUAUUUGAGUAAAUGUUGAGCUUGCAUAGCAGAUUUUGGCAUUUUUGAGGACUUUGAAUUCCUUGUGAUCGACUUUACUUUCGGGUUGUGACGUAUUUCUUAGUGAAACAAGAGGAGCUUUUGAGUUGAACUAUACUAGCCUGCAACCGACUAGUGAUGGUUGUGCUGUGUUUGCCUUUUUAUCACAAAUAAAGUGGCUAAUAUGUAAUAUUUGUAAGAUAUGCAAACGUUUUAGCACCCAUGUGGUAUGCUUGUAAUAUUGUAUGAAAUAAAAUAAAAACAAAAAUAAAUAAAUUGAGAAUCAUUUAUUUUAAUAAUGGCACUGUAUAAUAUAUUAAGGUUAUGAGCAGAGUUUUUCACUAUUAUAAAAAUGAUGCAUUAGUGGAACUAGAAGUGUCAGGACAAACCUCAAAUG